GCGGCAAGGAAGGGGGUAGGGGAAGAUGGCGGGACUGGGGCUGAGCUCGCGGGAGCAGGCGGGCUGCCACGGCCUGCUCGACCUGCUCAGCACCGACGAUCUCCUGGCGCUGUCGGACACAGUCACUAACCGCCUGGUGCUGCCCGAGUCCCGCAAAGAAGCCAUUCAUGCCAUUUUAGUUUACAGUCAGAGUGUAGAAGAGCUGCUGAAGCGAAGGAAAGUAUGUCGGGAGAUAAUUUUUAAGUACCUGGCACAACAAGGAAUUCCGGUGCCUCCUUCUUCUGAGAAACACCAGCUCAUCCAUUACGCAAAGCAGUACUGGAACCAGCAGCUGUCAGAUAAACCCUCAGAAAGAGAGGAUGUUAAAUUCGAUAAAAAGAUCGAUGGGCAGAGACAAAAGCAAGAGGAAGAUGACUUGCAAAGUCUGGGUGAAGAAUUCUGCCAGUGGUUCUUCGACCUUUUGAACGCUCAGCAUCCUUUCGGGGGACAACCAAAAGAAAGUUGGGGCCCACAGCAUUUCUGGGAGGAUGCCAAGCUGAAAUUCUAUUACAAUACAUUAGAACAAAGCACAGAAGAAUAUAAUGGUGCAGAACUAGUCAGCCUUCGUUUACUCUCAUUGGUGAAAGAAGAAUAUCUCUUGUUGAAUCCUAACUUUGAUGCUGGUGGACUGAAAUGUGCAAAGUCUCCUCAUGGGCUAGUAGUAGUGGCAGUUGCUGGCACAGUGCACAGAGGCAAUAUAUGUUUGGGUGUCUUUGAACAAAUCUUUGGACUCAUCAGUUGCCCAGUUAGAGAAAAUACUUGGAAAAUAAAAUUUGUGAAUCUUAAAAUCUUUGGACAGAAUGCCCUGGAGCCUGGGACACAAAUUCAAAAGCCUUCCAUAAAGUUUGAGUCUAACCAACUACAGGAACUGUAUGAUGGAAAAGAACUGCAUUUGAUUGAAACUUAUAAAUUCUGAGCAGUGUACUUACAGAACUGGGAAAGAAAGGAUUGUUUGAACAAAGAAUACAGUGCUUGUUUAGUGCAUACUUACACAUGCAAAGAGUUUCUCUUUCUUGAGUCAGAAUUGCUAAGUGGAUGACAAGCCAAAGUACUGAGGAAAAUACACUAUGAGAUUCCCUACUGUGUUUGGGUACUCGCUUUGUAUACUAAAACACAUUCAAAGAGUUACUUCAGGUUCAAGUAAUUUUUUAUUUGUUUGUUCGUUUUCCCCUUCUCUGUCUCCCACUUACAAAAUGCAUGGCAAAAUUGGGAUCUAGAGUUGUGGCAUAUUUGUACUGGAUGGCUCAGGGACUAGUAGUAGCACAUGGAGAUUUUCCCCAGGCAACCAGUUCAAGUUGUACUAAGAUGGUAACUGAAAAAUAUUGCCAUUGCGUGGCUGCCCAAAAUGAACUGGAAUUCUGGGUCUAAUUUCUUACUGUGCCAGUAACUACCUAACAAAAUCAGUAGUCAUGUUGGCAGGCUGUGGAGUAGUCAGAUAGUUAUGGAGGAUUACUGUCUUCUAAAAGAUAUAAAUACCAUAAUGGGUGAUGUGGGAAACUGGCAGUGGUCUUGUCAAAGCUUUUCUUAUUUUGAAUCAAAAGUUUUCAGUGUUGCCACUUAUUUUACAGUUUUCAAUAGCAUUUAAUUCAUUGCAGCAUUAACCCCUUCAUCUCCUCUCUUCCCUCCCAAAAAGGCUGCAAAUUCAUCCCUUUCCAGCGCUGACUCUUAGCAAUUGAGUUACUUGCUGCAUCUUCAUGUGAAGCAAAUGCUUUGAUACUGUAAUUUAUUAUUACUUUGUAUAGUAGUUUACAGCAGAGGUUAAUGUACUACUUUAAGUGAUGAUUUUUCCAUAUUGUUCCAUAUUGAAUUCCAUAAAUUCAAGAAUUGUAUUCAGUUAGAGUUGCUUCAAUACACUGGAUAUAAAUCCAUUUUUGUAAUAGAAGGAAAUUGGAAACUGAAGUGGAGCUUUCUCCAGGUAGGUUUGUGAUAUCCCUGCCAAGAGUAAUUGCAAUGAAAGAAUACACAGCAUCCAAAAACUUCUAGAAUUCUUUUGCAAACAAGGAAUUUAAUGUUUUGUCCCCUUAACAAAAAAGAAAUGUUGCAAGAAAUAUUUGAGUAAAGGGCAGUAUUUUAAAAUGUCUUCUGCUGGACUGCAGAGAAAUUCAGGAUUUAUUGGUUACUAAUUUAUGACAAAUAUAAACAGCUCAACUUCCUAAAUUCCUAUGGAGCAGUUUCAUUGUAUGCAUAGCUAAAUCAAGGUUCAUUGGGAAUCGUAUCCAUUGGAUGUUGGGUAAAAGUGUUGAUAUGCCUUAUAGCUUUCUCUUUUGAAAUAAAGAAGAAUUAGCUUUCAAGCCAAAAAAUUAAA